AUGGCCAGUGUGAACAUGGACUACAGCGGCCCAGAACAAGAUAACGAGAGUCAGGAGAGUUUACAUUUAGCGUUAGAAGAUACGGAAAUCGAGUCCCUAGACUGUAGUGAUAUUGAUAGCACGACAAUCACCCCAGUGAAGAAGAAAAAGCGCCACCGGAGCCCGGGCGCCCUUAGACGUGUACGUGUCCUAAGGCCCCUCUCCCAAACAAGUGAUGCUGCGUCGGAAUCUGACUCAAUUCUGAAUGCUAAAGAAAAGCUUGUACAGAGUUCAAGGAACAAAGAAUCUGAGCCUGAGCAGACUCCGUCAACUUCUGGCAAGAUGUCUAGCACCAGUGCUUUGAGAAGAUCGCCAAGAAAGAAAACAAGCAAGUCAUCCAGAGAAGCAUCACAAAGAAAUAUGGACAACAUAAAUAAAACUCCUAGAGGUCCUCAAGUACCUACUCAGCCUGAAAACUCCUCAGAAACAGUUACUCCAAAUCGUACCUUAAGUAAAGGUAUACAAGGACAAUUAAAAGAAAUGCAAGCAACUCAAAAAGAAAUCCUCUCAACAAUAAAGGUGGUAAGAAAUGAAGUACGGGAUCUGAAGAGGGAGUUCGAAAAAAGAAAGGAAGAAACAAAAGAGAUCAUCAGUGUACCAAACAGAAUAAGGAAUAAUGUAAAGGAAUUUUACGCUUGUGGAGAGGACAGGGAAUUAAAAUGGGAUUUCAAGAAAAGAUACAAUGAUGAAGCAAACAACGAAAUGACUGACUUCAUAAAGAAAAGUGUCAAAGGAGUUGCACCAGAUGUGUCGAAUGAAGUUUUAGAUACUGCUGUGAAGCGAUAUUUUACUUCUAAAAAGGAAGGGGCCACCAGAAAAGCAAAGAAUAAAGAUCUACUUCAUAGGCAGCGUCAGGCAUCUUAUGAAAGAAAAAAUGAGAAAUUAAGACGAAGAUUGGUUGCCACAGACAGAAAGAAGAAUUGGCCAGAAGAUAAGAGAGCAUCAGUGAAAAAAUUUUUAAGCCAUAAACAGUCAUACAAGUACAUGUCCAGUGAUGAAGAGGCAGCGGAUGGCUUUAUCUCACACCCAUAUUCUUGGGAAAGUGAGACAUGGAAACAUGUCAAGGACAGUUUGGAUAAAAAAUACUUGGAAACAUGUCCACCAAGGAGCAAAAGACUAGUACAAAAACGAACAGCAGGUUCCACCAAAGAACAAGAAGCACCAGAACACGACGAAGAAUUCAACUGGGUUUUCAAAUAA